AUGACAUUCUUCGAUCGUGCACUUUUAGCAUUGGGUAAUAUCUUGUUUUUACUAGGGAUUGUUUUGAUCAUUGGUCCUCAAAAGACCUAUGUGUUCUUCUCUAGACCUGCUAAGAGACGAGGUUCGAUCUUAUUUUUAUUGGGGAUUAUGAUGAUUUUGAUGAAAUGGACUUUUGUAGGCUUCAUCGUCGAAUUCGUCGGUAUUAUGGGUUUAUUUGGCGAUUUCUUUGGAAUAAUCGUACAGUUCCUAAGAUCUCUACCACUUAUUGGACCAAUACUAUCUCAUCCUGCUGUUGCCCCAGUGGUGGAUAGAUUGGCUGGUAUCCAUACCUUACCUGUAUGA